AUGCCCCAACUCAACGUCACUUUACUGCGCGCCAAUAACCUGCCUGUGGCUGACACAUUUAUUCAGGGAAACGCAAGCGAUCCCUUCGUGACUUUUCAGCUAGGUGAUGAGUAUUUGCGCUCGUCCUGCAUUAACGAUGCGCUAAAUCCUGUAUGGCAGCCGGCGGAGACAUUCGAGUUUGAGGUGCCGCAUACGUCACGAAUCUCUGAGAGCCAGCUGCUUAUUCAAGUGGUGGACAAUGACCGUUUUAAGAUUGAUGAUUUACUGGGGGAGUUGCAACUACCGCUGUCCACAUAUGUACGACGCCCCAAUGAAGGCGUGGUAGAAACCUACGAGCUUUCAGUGCCGGAAACGUUAAAGUCUACAUGUAAGAACCCCGACACAAAGUCGACAAUCCAUUUGGAUAUUUGCUUUCUGGAUGAGACGGAUGGACAAAAAACGUUGUGUGUCUGGGAGAAUGAAGAUUACGUGGAUGGUAAGUGGAUGCCCGCGCACAAUAACGAGCGUCGUCAUUGGAGCACCUUCGACCUACAGACUUCUUCAGACAACUUUGAUGACGUGGCCCCAGACAUUCCAGAAGGUCUUGAAGGAUCAGGGUGGGCCUAUUCUACUAAGAAGGGAGAUGAUCAUGGAUGGAUAUACGCAUCAACCUACACAGGACCCUGGUCGUCAACAUCCUUCGCCACAUGUUAUGCUCGUCGUCGACUAUGGCAAAACCAUUGCAGGCCAGCCGUGGCUUGUGAGUGA